CCUCCACCCAACUUGUCCAUCGCUGCCUUGUGCCGCUCAACUGUCAUUCUUUCAACCACCGACUGUGUAUUCACACACCGACAUUCAUUUAGUACUAAACAGUCAACGGAGAACCGUCCUAGAAGUCAUGUUCGGCGCGACCGCGUCGAAACCGAAGAUUCGCACCCGCACUGUCCUUGUCCCAGUCCAGAAACAACCCCUCGCCGGCCCGUCGACCGUUGCGCCGAACGGCAGUCCGAGAAUAACGCCGUCAAACGCCCUGCGCAAGGCUUCAGGGACCCCACCCGCCCAUGCCCGCAGUCUGACGUCGGCGCGCAGCAACAGUAAACUGCGGGCGGGGUCGGAAUCGCAAAGUACGGAUCCGCCCCAGCAGCGUCGCAAACCACGCCUGCAGCAACGGAAGCGCAAGGUAACACCCAGUACGCCGCAGUGGGGGACCAGCGACGAUGAGCCGAGCGACGAUGGGGAUGACGACAAACUGGGAAGUGGGUUGCGCAAGAGGCAGAAGACGAGCUCAAGCAUCGAACCUGCCCGAGUGAAUCGCUGUCUCGAGCCGGAUCUGAAGCGGCGAAUUCGACAUUUCGAUAUUUCGGACAGACAAGAGGGUUCUCCGGUCGCAGAGGGACCAACGGAAGAGACUGAGGGCAAAGUGGAAAAGCUAAGACAUGGGAUGGAUCUCUCCACUGGAGACUGGGCGAAAGACUUCAAACCUGCCUUUCCUGACAAUGAGAAUCUGGUUGUGGAACUCCAAUACCCGUCGCCGUCUCUCCCGGAGAAGUUCGCAACGGUGGUACCUCGCGAUACCAGCAACUACAAUCCUUUGGACGAUAUCUAUUUCAGCAUUGAAGAAAUACUGGCACACUACCUCCCAGCACACAUUGCAGUUCCCCUCCAGUCGGAGACCACAGGCACAGUACGCCUACUCAAGCGCGCCGUUUUCAAACAGUCACCCCAGGACUUCCAAUCCGCUCUUUCUUCAUUCAACACCCUGAUAAGACAACAUUUGCAAGAUGGCAGCAUACAAGAAACGCUCAACGCCAUGCACGCCAUACCUCUAUCGCUUAUCCAACGCAUACUAGCUCAAGUAUACCUCCGAACGGUCAGCCCAUAUGCGCAUCUCCUCCGGCGCGUCGAAUCCAAGCAGACAACAUAUGGCGAACUCCUCCCACCGUUUAUCCACACCAUCUUCGCAAAAACACACCUCUCGUCCACGUCCAUCUUCGUCGACCUAGGCUCAGGCGUUGGAAACGUGGUUCUGCAAUCCGCGCUGCAGACUGGUGCCGAAAGCUGGGGCAUCGAGAUCCUGGAGCGCCCCGCACGGUUUGCGCUCGACCAGGCCGCGGAGUUGCGAGCACGCGCGAAACGGUGGAAUCUCGCGCUAGGGGAAAUGCAUCUUCUUCACGGGUCGUUCCUCGAAAGCCCCGAGAUCGACAAGGUGCUGCAACGAGCGGACGUGGUGCUUGUUAAUAACAAAGUAUUUGACAAUGAGACGAACACGAUUCUGCUUAACAAGUUUCUGGAUCUAAAGCUCGGGGCCUGUGUUGUUAGCCUUGAGAGCUUCUGCGGGGGCGCGGGUGGUGGAGGGGUUGGACAAGGGGGGAGAAAUGAAAAUGCGAUUGCGAGUCUCUUUGAAGAGGAGCGGUUUGAGAGUGGGACGAGUAGGGUGAAUUGGACGGAUGAGAGCGUGGAGUGGUUCUUGGCGAGGAAGGUGAGGUAGGCCCUGGUGUAUGAAGGUAGGUUGGGGAUUAUGGAAACGUUGGGUUUGCAGACGGAUUUCAGCUGGAGAGGGCAAUACCGGCUUUUUUGGGUACGGAAAAGGGUCUCUUCGUCUCAUCUGUAUUUUUGAAUGUCUUUUGGCUGGAGCGGAG